GACAGGCAAUGGAGUGUAACGAUUGUAACUAACAUGCAACCCAGAAUGUCACAUGUUAGAAUGUUUAUUAUAAUGUUGAAUCGAGCCUGUGUUACACCUGUACAAUUCAACUGAUCAGGUCGAGGUGCAAGUUCAGCUGAACACUCUCAGACUUUGAUCAUUUGGGAUUCAAAGUCAUUAGUCACAUCAUCAGCUCGGACGUCUCUGCAAAUAUGGAGCAUUUGUUCAAGGCCUCGCCACUUCACCUGAACCAACGCUCAGCGCGGAGCUCAGCGCUACUGUGGAGCAGCUCACGCCACGUCACCUGAACCAACGCUGAGCACCGAGGAUAUGCUGCUCAUAUCAGAUAUACGUACACGUGUGAUGAAAAAAUUUUGUUAUAACACAAUUGAGGUUCUUAAAGCAAAUAACUUUUCAUGAAAAAAAUUAGAACAUUUAAACAUAAUUCUGCCAUCUUCGCUUAUAUUUCCACAUUAAUUUAUAAUUUUUCAACCAGAAAGUUUAAACUUUCCUAUCAAACAGUUAAAUCUAAAUUUCAACGUGUGAUUGUGGAGCUAGAUGCCACUAGCUGUGGAGUCGGAUGAUCUCUUAGACAGCUGUUCUCACGCGAUGGACAAACAACACCAACUGUUUCAAUAAUUCCAUGCAGCUAUAAAGUCAGACAAUGUAUCACACAAGUCACAGGUCAUCUAACAGCCUUUCGUUCAAGACGCGUUUUGCCUUAUCCUCUUGCCGCUUAAGCCUUCACGACUACCACCAAGAUGAAAUCUUUCCGUCUUGUCCUACUUCUCUCAGCAACCUUUGCCUGCUCCAGUGUUGAAGGUGAACAGGCGUGUACAACGGCCAUCAAAAACAACUUGAACUACACAGCCCUGAAUUCUGCCUUCCAUGCCUGCGCGUUGGAUCCAGCGGGACGCGCCGCCUUGAUUAAAAACUCAGGUAAACUAUGCGCGCACUACGAUUACUUUACCGGCGAUAUCACUUGCGAAAUUCAGGCAGCUCCCUUCAUGAAAUGUGCAGCGAAAAAACUUGGUUACUUGGAUAGCGAUGGCUCCAUCAACAGCGAAAAGAUCUUAGCGGAGUACAAGACUUACGCCAAAAGCGACAAGAAGUGCAACGUUGAUCAAUACAACUUCGGUGUGGAUACAUGUGGCACUACCAUCAAAAACUACGCGUUCCUGGCGAAGGCCGCAUGCAUCUUCAGGAAGAUGGACUAGUACCCGUGGUGACCUGCGCAAUCUUGUACUCAUACCUUCAACUGAUUGGCGGCUUUGAAGUGUUCACAGCAGGUGCACAAUAAUAAUUAGGGGACCACUCUUUCAUGCAGUCAAUGCAUCGACGCGCAGUAAAAAUUGUCUAAUCGGAAGUUCUUUGUAAUUUGUGCACCAAUAAAUUCAAUAAAAUCUUACUCAAAAUAA